AUGUGUGAAGAGGAGACCACCGCCUUGGUCUGCGACAAUGGCUCUGGGCUGUGCAAGGCUGGCUUUGCCGGCGAUGACGCCCCACGCGCUGUCUUCCCAUCCAUAGUGGGUCGCCCUCGUCACCAGGGUGUGAUGGUGGGGAUGGGCCAGAAAGACAGCUACGUAGGGGACGAGGCUCAAAGCAAGAGAGGAAUCCUUACUCUCAAGUACCCCAUCGAACAUGGCAUCAUCACCAACUGGGACGACAUGGAGAAGAUCUGGCACCACUCUUUCUACAAUGAAUUACGAGUGGCUCCGGAAGAACACCCCACCCUUCUCACAGAAGCGCCCCUGAACCCCAAGGCGAACCGUGAGAAGAUGACCCAGAUCAUGUUUGAAACCUUUAACGUCCCCGCCAUGUACGUUGCAAUCCAAGCUGUGUUGUCCCUCUAUGCGUCUGGCCGUACUACUGGUAUCGUUCUGGACUCCGGGGAUGGUGUCACUCACAACGUCCCUAUCUAUGAAGGAUACGCUCUGCCCCACGCGAUCAUGCGCCUUGACCUGGCUGGUCGCGAUCUUACGGACUACCUCAUGAAGAUCCUCACGGAGAGAGGCUACUCUUUCGUCACCACUGCCGAACGAGAAAUCGUGCGUGACAUCAAGGAGAAGCUGUGCUACGUGGCCCUGGACUUCGAAAACGAGAUGGCCACAGCUGCCUCUUCCUCCUCCCUAGAGAAGAGCUACGAGCUGCCUGACGGUCAGGUUAUCACCAUUGGCAACGAGCGUUUCCGUUGCCCGGAAACCCUCUUCCAACCGUCCUUCAUUGGCAUGGAGUCUGCUGGAAUUCACGAGACCACCUACAACUCCAUCAUGAAGUGCGACAUCGACAUCCGUAAGGACCUGUACGCCAACAACGUCCUUUCCGGGGGCACCACCAUGUACCCUGGGAUCGCGGACAGGAUGCAAAAGGAAAUCACAGCCUUGGCUCCAAGCACAAUGAAGAUUAAAAUCAUCGCCCCCCCUGAACGUAAAUACUCCGUCUGGAUUGGAGGCUCCAUCCUGGCCUCUCUCUCCACCUUCCAGCAGAUGUGGAUCAGCAAACCGGAAUACGACGAGGCUGGCCCUUCCAUUGUCCACAGGAAGUGCUUCUAA